AUGGCUUCAUCUUCUUCAGUAUUGUUCAUACUGAUUUGGAUAACAAUUUUGAUUUCGUCAACACCUUCACUAACUUCAACCGCGACUGGUCUAGAUAUUAAUCAAAGAUUUGCUUCUUCAACAGAAGAUGGUGUGGAGAAUCCAAACUAUCCUUCUUCCUCUUUUUCAUCAUCACCCCCUGCUUCAUUAGCAUCAGCAUCACCUGGUGAGGAUAAUCAAAACUAUUCUUCUUCCUCUUUUUCAUCAUCACCCCCUGCAUCAUUAGCAUCAGCAGCACCUGGUGAGGAUAAUCCAAACUAUUCUACUUCAUCUUCUUCAUCAUCAUCAACUGCAUCAGCACCUUCAUACACCCCCAACUCUGUGUCUUUUUCUUUAUCACAAGAUUCACCACCUCAUUAUUCUUCAGCAUCACGCAAACUUGCUUCUUCAAACCCCACAGUCUCCUUAAUUGGCUGCAAAAAUAAUGGAGGUGGAGGAGAAGAAGAAGGUGAGAUUGCAGUAGCAGCACCAAGCACACAGACGUGUACCUGGUGCUCGUGCUGCUCCAAGACUACAGUGGUUAAGGUGAUGAAAACGAUGACGAUGAGGAGAAAUGAGGCUCCAGAACAAGGACAAGAAGUAUCAUCAUCAGCAAAAGCAGCAGAAACAAGUGAUAGUAAUGUUUGA